AAACGUUUCGCUAAGCUAGUAGCAUGAUGACAUCUCUCCAAAAUGUUGUUAAAGUAGAAGUUAAAGUGAAUGUCAGUCAAGUUAUUGUAUUUGACAUCGUGUAAAGCUUUAUUGAAUCAACGCUGAUUACCAGUGGAGUUUUGUAUGAGUUUUAUUAGAGCCUCUUUUGCCACGUACACCUAAUUUGUGUUAUAACGUCCGUGUAAAGCAGCUGGCGUCAUCGAUGGAGCAGAAGCUGGCAGAUUUCAGAGCCAGACGACAGGCUGAACAUACGUUAAAAAAGGAUGAAGAUAUUGUGAAAAAGGGGGAGAGUGCCGUUAUGAAGAGCAGAGAUCCGACAGAGGCAGACACAGCUGAUCAGACCGAUUCAACCACUGACAGUCAACACACAGAAGAGGUAGAAAACAUCAGAGCCUCAACUCAGAGCUCUCCAAAAAAGGAUCAUAGUGAUUGGCUUCUGGACAGCGCUUUUGGAAGAUGGCUGACUUCGAGACAACUUGUCUUGACAAACCUUACUUUGCUUAAAAUACUCCUGUGGCUGGUGCUUCUCGGCCUGUUUGCUGAACUGGAGUUUGGCCUGCCUUUCUUCGUCAUUUCGCUCUUCUACUGGCUCUAUGAGGGUCUCAGAAGCCCUGCUGCCCGCGAGCCUGGAGAGCUGAGCGCUUACUCUGUCUUCAAUCCAGACUGUCAACCUCUGCUGGGCACACUCACUGCAGAGCAGCUGGAGGGGGAGAUGGGUUACCGCCCUCUGACUAACAGAGCAGCACUUGUAUAUUGAAUAUUUCAAAUAAUCAUAAGUUUUUGUCCAUUUAAAAAGGUCAUUUGUAUUCAGGAAAAUAGAUUGUAUGCAGGAAUAAUGACUUCAACGUACUAUUUCUGAAUAACGCAUGAAAUUAAGGUCAGUCUACUUACAGUCUUAUUCCUGUUUCUGUUCUUUGAAGCAGUUUAAUCAACUUGAUUGUGGGAGGUGGAUUUGCUAAAAUUGCUAUAGUGUACAAUAAAUGGGUGACAUUCUUUGAAAAUCCUUUAUUUACCACCAUUUCCUGUAUUCAUAAAUAUGGGUUUUGUAGAAAGGUUGGUAUUCAAAGAUUCUGGGUUACAUUGAGAAAGGGCGAGCUCCUUCUCAUUUAAAUUCGAAAAUAGUUUGCUUUGAAUAAAAAGAUUUUAAAGUUUAAUAAAGAAAUGUAAUAUAUCAGUGUAAUAUAUUGCAUCUGUUCUCUCUAUGCCUUAAAUUACAGAAAUUAUAAACACCACAUUAAACUUGUUUCAAAAAAAUGUU